AUGAGCCAACACGACGGGCAAACAUUGAAGCAAAGAAUCCCAGCACAGACCCAGGACCUCCCUGGGCUGCAAAAGUCGAUGACUCCCGAGCCGUUCAGCACGAGUCUCGAGACUCCGGCAGGACCCAGGCCCUAUAUCGGCUCUGGAAAGUUGAAGGAUAGGAAGGCAGUCAUAACCGGUGGAGACUCUGGCGUCGGUCGAGCGGUCGCCAUCCUCUUCGCGCGCGAGGGAGCAGAUGUGACCAUCGUCCAUCUUUCGCAAGAGCAGCCUGACGCAGACGAGACCGUUCGUGCGGUGGAGUAUGAGGGGCGCAAAUGUCUCUCCAUCGCGUUCGAUCUCGAAGACUUCAAGAACGUGAAGUCAAUUAUCGACCGGCACGUCGCCGAGUUCGAGCGUGUAGAUGUUCUGGUGAACAACGCGAGCCAACAGCGGCUGACGGAGGACUUUGCGGAGAUCGACUUGGAUUCCGUCGAGCAGGUGUUCAAGACGAACGUCCUGCAGAUGUUUGCGCUGACGAAGUUCGCGCUCUCGCACAUGCCGAAGGGGUCGAGCAUCAUCAACACGACGAGCGUGACGACGUUCAGGGGGAGCGCGUCGUUCCCCGACUACGUCGCGACGAAGGGCGCCAUUGUCGGAUUCACGCGCUCGUUGGCCAAGGAUCUAGUGAAGAAGGGGAUUCGCGUCAACGCCGUUGCUCCGGGCCCUGUCCACACUCCGCUCCAGCCCGCAUCGCGGCCUCCAGAACAACUGGAAGGCUUCGACGAAAAGUCCCAAAUUGGUCGGCCUGGGCAGCCUGCAGAAAUUGCACCAAGCUAUGUCUUCCUCGCCAGCACCGACUCGGAGCUUUACUACGGUCAAAUCCUCCAUCCUUAUCCACUCGGUGACUGA